AUGAAGACGAGACGCAAUAUCUCCGUUGCAAGCAACAAGAAGAAGAAGCGGGAAUCUCUCCCACAGAACAAUCCACGCAAGCGACCGAUGCUAUUACCGGUAGCAGCAGCAGCUUCCGUUCUCUGGACGAGUUCAGUUUCGGCUCAGAGUUGUGAUUUCAACAAUGACAAGUGUCCCUAUCAAUUUGACGGAGAAUGCGAUGCGAAUGUCUAUUGUUCGGCCAAUUCCGACUGUUUCGACUGCGAUCCCUGCGCCGGAUUCAAUCUCGACUGUGGGCUCUGUACUGCAGCGGGAUGCAUGUGGUGUCCCUACGAUGCCAGUUGUCUGUCCGCGGCCGUGGGAGAAUCUGUUUGGGAUUUGCAUCCACAGCGACAACCGGGAUGUCGCUCUGCCAGCGAUUGGCAAGCCGAUUGUACCGUCAAUCCCGACAAUGUCUUUACGGAUCCUCUCUACUCGUCCAUGCAAUGGAUUUUUUCGCUGAUUCGAGUGGAAGAAGUAUGGAGACAAGGGAUUACCGGUGCGGGGAUUCAUGUUCGUGUCAACGACGAUGGCGUCGAUGCUACCCAUCCGGAAUUUGUGGAUCAUUUUGAUGUGGCCAAUAGUUGCGAAAUCUAUCUACCGCGUGAAAACGUCGCCGACGACAAUCACGGAACCGCCUGUGCCAGUAUCAUUGCCGGGGCCCAGGACAAUGGAGUCUGUGCCGUGGGAAUUGCACCCGAUGCCACCCUCAGUGCCUGCAAUGCCUUUGCCGAUCCCAACUUUAGCGGAUUGGAAGAUGCCUCCAAUCUCUUCAUGACGCAUUUAGAGGUCGUGGACAUCAUCAGCAAUAGUUGGGGUCCCACACCCUGUAAAAAAGUGGAAGUACAGCAACGACAAUCUACUAGUACCGUUUGCCCCUUUCAAGUGGACACGCAAGAUUCUCCCUGUGAACCCUGUGGAGGUGUCAACCAAUUUGAUAGCACCACGUGGGAAUGCGAAGCAGGCAUUACCAAAUACUGCUCCAAAUACUACGAAUUGGAUCCCAUUGCCUGUGGAGAAUACUUGGAUUUGUACGUGACGUGUGACUUUCACACGUUGAGUCAAGGAAACGAAGAAGGAUUCGCACAAAUUAUUGCACAAGGGCGUGGGGGCAAAGGACCCAUCAUUACCUUUGCCGGAGGAAAUGACUAUCGAUUGGGAGUCGAUGCCAAUAGUGACGGGAUGGUCAAUUCGAGGUAUACGAUUGGAGUUGGAGCGGUAGGCAAAGAUGGAAAACAUGCAUCUUAUUCGACGAUAGGCGCCGCCGUUUUCAUCGUUGCACCAGGAGGAGACUCUGAAGCAUUGUCCAACAAUAUAGUGGCCAAUCCGGGGGGUGGAUGUCAUGAUAUUACCAUAGGAACCUCCUUUGCCACUCCUGUCGUCUCGGGGGUUGCCGCUCUCAUUCUUCAGGCGAACCCAGAGUUGACCUACAGAGACGUGCAAGGAGUGAUGCAACGCACAGCCCAACUAGUCGACCUAGAUACGGAUACGUCAUGGGUUACCAAUGGGGCAGGGAUCAGCCAUAGUUACAAAUACGGCUUUGGCCUGAUUGAUGCCGCAGCAGCAGUAACCACAGCGCAAACUUGGGUGAAUUGGGGUCCUGAAAAGCAAAUUAUGGUUGAGUCCGGAACCAUUGACGUACCAAUACCAGACAACACAGCCAGUCCAAAUGGGGCCCUGGCUGUGCUUACGAUAACUGAAGAAGAUGUUAUCGCAGCAGCAGGAGUGAACAACAUUCAAUUGGAGGCAGUAGUCUUGUAUCUGGAAUUGGUGCACGGGAGUAGAGGAGACGUCCAGGUCACCUUGACAUCGCCUCAGGGCACACCGUCAAUUUUGGCUCCAAGCAAACGACCAGAGAAUACUAUCUUUGAUUCUACGCAGCGCUGGAAGCUAAUGACACUGAGAUCAUGGGGGGAGAACCCUGUUGGGACCUGGACUUUGGAAAUUGCCGAUGAAAAAGCAGGUUUGAUCGAAGACUGUGUGGAUAGGCUCUGGCAGGCAAAUUCUGACGGCUUGUUUUGGGUUUGCGACGACUUUAUCCCAAUUACCGAUUGCAGCAGCCCCACCCAAGUCGCACCCUCGCUCCAACUUAUGGAGUUCAUGGGACUCACCAUAUUCGAUGCUUGUUGUGCCUGUGGUGGAGGUGUCGAUGCUACAGCCCUUGAUCAACGUUUGGUCAGCUGGAGAAUGAUUGCCUAUGGCCACGAGCACCAGGCCACUCCUGAGACACCGCCUCCAACAGCGCCUCCGUCCUCUCAAUCAACUGCCACCGCUACAACAACCCAAACACCGAUAGCAAGCAACCAAAGUACUGCCAUACCUCAAGGAAACCAAACCUUGAUACCAGGGAAUGGAACAGCAACACCAGCUACGCAGACACCAGCCACGCAAACACCAGCCACGCAAACACCAGCCACGCAAACACCAUCGACAACCCAAACGGUGGUACCAGCAGUUCAGACAGUCUCGCCAGCACCGGUUCCAACGACACAAACUCCUGCAGUGAGUGGUCUGCCACCGGUCGACUCCGCCAGUUGUGCUUAUCGCAGCGACACAUGCCCUGUACACGUUCAGUUUGACCGCCAGUGCGACGAGGCCGCCCAAGGAUGCCCCGAUUGCUUCGACUGUGACCCGUGUCAAGCUUACAGCUAUGACUGCGCAAACUGUGUGGCCAAUGGCUGCGUUUGGUGUCCAGGAGAUGCCAUAUGCUUGAGUGUCGCCUUGGAUGCACAGUACUGGGCAACUUAUAGCGGUCAGGUGAUCUCGUCGUGCCCCGCCGCAUCAGAUUGGACAAACACAUGUGUUAGAACACCUACCAAUGUCUUUGCCGAUCCGCUCUAUGAUGCCAUGGCUUUGAGCUACAAGAUGAUAAAGGUGGAAGAAGUGUGGCGUCAGGGUGUGACUGGAGCUGGCGUACAUGUCCGUGUCAAUGACAAGACGGGCGUUGAUGGCAAUCACGCGGAACUCAGCACCAAAUUUGACAUUGCGAACUCCUGUACUGAUUAUCUUCCGACGACUGCUGCUGACGAUCACGGCACCGGAGUAGCAUCCAUUAUAGCAGCAGCCAACAACAACGAGUGCGCCGUCGGAAUAGCCCCGGGUGCCACUGUUUCAGCAUGCAAAAUCCCGGAGAAUAAUGAUGCAGCCGAAGCGCAAGCGUUUUUGGAGAAGUUUCAAACCGUGGAUAUUUCGACCAACAGUUACGGUCCUGACACCUGCAUAAACACUGUGACCUCAAGCAGAAAUCUGCAGAAUCUACCUUGUCCGUUCUCGCGGGACUACGAUCUGUCACCUUGUGAUAUCUGCGGAGCAACCUUUGGCCAAACUUUAACCGACCAAUGUUUGCAAGCAGUUGCUCAAUAUUGCGAUCGCUAUUUCGAAGUCGACCAGACCGCGUGCACUGACUACAUGCACUUUUUUGUUACCUGUUCAUACCACUUUCUGCCCACUGCAAUACAUGAUGCCUGGACAAGAACGAUCACAGAGGGAAGGAGUGGCAAGGGGAUUGUUUACGUGGUGUCAGCAGGAAACCUCUACAACCGCAGAGCGAAUUCCAAUGCCAACAGCAUGGUGAACAGUCGGUUCACCAUGGCAAUUGGGGCGGUCGGGAAAGAUGGCCUGCAUGCCUCGUACAGCACAGCUGGGUCGUCAGUGUUUCUUAGCGCUCCGGGUGGUGACUUUGAGGAUGUGUCGGGCAAUAUAGUUGCCAAACCAAUGGGAGGUUGCCAGGAUGUUUCAGUUGGCACAGAUUUUGCGGCCCCCGUUGUCUCUGGAGUCGUGGCAUUGAUGUUAAGUGUUGCGCCUGAUUUGACAUGGAGAGACGUUCAAGGGGUGUUGGCCAGUACUGCGCAGGUUGUGGAUGCCACAGAUGCAUCAUGGGCGAUCAAUGCGGCAGGUAUUCGAUUUUCCCACAAGUAUGGCUUUGGCCUUGUCGACGCGGCCGCAGCAGUUGCAUCGUCCCGCACAUGGCAAAAUUGGGGGAAUGAAAUAGAGAUUGUGGGGGACACGGGAGAAUUGAACACUGUCAUUCAGGAUCUCACUCAAUUCGACGUUACGAUGACCGUCAGCGAUCCGCGUAAUCUGAAAGUUGAAGGCGUCGAAGUCUUCUUGGAUUUGCCGCAUCAUUCUCGGGGUGACCUUAGAAUCACGCUGAGGAGUCCCGGCGGUACCGAUUCUGUCUUGGCAGAAGAAAAGCGGCCCAUCAAUCAACAGUUUACUACUGAACAAAGGUGGAAGUUCUUGAGUUAUGCUGCCUGGGGAGAGUCGCCCGUGGGCAACUGGGUUUUGACAAUCGGUGAUUUGCGUCCAGGCCUGUUGUCUACGUGCAGUGAUCUGGCUUGGGGAGUGGAACAGAAUGGUCAAUCUUUUUCUUGCGAUGCAAUCAAGAAUGCUGGUGUUACUGACUGUAGUACUCAGUUCGAUCAGGCUAUCAUUAUGGCCACCUUCGAGGGCCGAACUGCCGUUGACGCAUGCUGCGUUUGCGGAGGAGGCCAGGAAGUUACGGAAGUCACCAAUGUUUUGAAUUCAUGGCGUAUGCUCAUCUAUGCACAUGAUGCUGAUGUCACUCCUGCGCCGGUUGCUUUGCCUGUAACAGCUGUUCCAGCAGGCACCGGAGCGCCUGUAGUUACACAAGCACCAGUCCCAGCGAGACCGACGAAUGCAGCGCCGGUGCCGUUGACAAGCGCAGUCGUAAUGACUACCGCUCCCGGGAUUACCAGACCAUGGAUUACCAAUGGGGCCAGUGAUGCCACAAGCGACGGACUUCCCACGGCAAGAGCAGAGCUUCAAAAAAUGACAUCUCUUCUGACAUUGCUUGUCAUGAGUCUGACAGCACCGUGCUUUUUGCUCGCGAUGCUGUGA